CUUCCAAAUAAACACCAAAUAGUGAAGCGCUUCUCCAAUUGAAUAACCACCAUUUUUGUCCUUAACACCACAUUUUCCACUUAGAUUCUCCCUAUCUCUUCCUUCGCAUGUGCCUCUCUACUUCCUCUGGGUUGGAAAUUUGGAAUAGAAACACAAAAAAGAAACAUUUUGCUGUGGAAGAUAUCAAUAUCAAAGAAGAGAAGAGACUUCAAGUCUUCAAGUGCAAAUUAGCAUACAUAAGCUGAAAAAAAUCAAGUCUAUGUUGCAUGACAUGGACUCAAAGGCCCUGUGCUUCAUAACCCACCAAGCAAUUUUCGACGCGGUUCGAUCUGGGGACCUUGAAAGGCUCAAACAGCUACUGCAACAGGUGAACAAAGGUGAAUCUUCAGAUGGGUCAUCGUCGCUUUCUGAACUCAUGUCCAUGCAGAACGAUGAUGGAGAGACCUUGCUGUUUAUUGCUGCAGAGCGUGGUUUUCAAGAGGUGUUCAGCUUCUUGCGCAGCUUCUGUGACUUGGAGGUGCUGAAGAUUAGGUCCAAACCUGAUAUGAACGCCUUUCAUGUUGCAGCCAAACAAGGCCAUCUGGAAAUCGUGAGGGAGAUUUUAAGCAUUUGGCCUGAGGUUUGUAAAUUAUGUGACACCUCAAAUACUAGCCCCCUUUACUCAGCUGCUGUACAAGACCAUUUAGAUGUGGUGAAUGCUAUCUUGGAUGUUGAUGUCAGUUCAAUGAUGAUUGUGAGGAGAAACGGCAAAACCGCGUUGCACAAUGCUGCCAGGUAUGGCAUGCUUGGUAUUGUGAAAGCUCUCAUUGCCCGUGAUGCCGGAAUAGUCUGCAUCAAGGAUAAAAAAGGUCAAACUGCACUGCAUAUGGCUGUGAAAGGACAUAGUACACCAGUCGUAGAGGAGAUAUUACAGGCUGACCCUGCUAUAUUGAAUGAACAAGAUAAGAAGGGUAAUACAGCUCUUCACAUGGCUACCAGGAAACUCCGUUCAGAGAUAGUGAGCUUUUUAUUAAGCUAUGCAUCUAUGAAUGUCAAUGCCAUCAACAAUCAGGAGCAAACAGCCAUGGAUUUGGCAGAUAAACUGGCAUAUGGAAAUUCAUCUCUGGAGAUCCAUGAAGCCCUCACAGAACGUGGUGCCAAGCGUGCUAGGCAUGUCAGCAAAGUCGAUGAAGCCAAGGAACUCAAGAGAGCUGUGAGUGAUAUAAAGCACGAAGUGCAGUCACAACUUAUACAGAAUGAGAAAACUCGGAAACGAGUUUCCGGUAUUGCUAAGGAAUUGAGGAAGAUUCACAGGGAGGCAGUUCAAAACACCAUUAAUUCUGUCACAGUUGUCGCUGUCCUUUUCGCCUCAAUAGCGUUCGUGGCUUUGUUCAGUUUGCCAGGUCAAUAUAGAAUGAAACAGUCACGGGCAGGGGAAGCAAACAUAGCUGGUGAUGUUGCCUUCAGUGCUUUCUGUCUAUUGAAUGCUACAUCUCUUUUUAUUUCUUUUUCGGUUGUUGUGGUUCAAAUCACUUUGGUAGCUUGGGACACAAGGGCUCAAAGGAAGGUUGUCUCAGUGGUUAACAAGCUAAUGUGGACUGCUUGUGCCUGCACUUGUGGUGCUUUUCUGGCUAUAGCUUUUGUGGUUGUUGGAAAGGAAACAUGGAUGGCUAUAACUGUAACCCUUUUGGGAGCACCAAUCCUAGUUGGGACUCUAGCAUACUUGUGCUACUUUGUUUUUCUGCGACAUUUCGGAUUCCGAAGUAUUUCCCAGAGAUUAGUCAAGAGAGCAAGUGGAAAUAUAUCAUUCUCAUGGAAUCACUCAGCACAUAUAUCAGAUGUGGAUGAAUGUAACUCUGAUCUUCAGAAUAUGUAUGCUCUGUGAACAGAGUAUGUUACCAUUGACUUAUAGUUGGUUUGGAUAGAAGUAGUUAUCUGAACUGGUAUACGAAACGGGUACCCAAACUGCUACCAUGGGAAAUAAAAUGGAUCAGUUCGGUUUCUGGUUCUGAUCAGCUAAACUGGUUAUUUUGUGCAGCCCUAUGGCAUUGAAUAUCACUAUUUCCAGAACAGAUAUUAUGCCAACUUAGAGGGAGUGGAAAAUUGGCUCACUAGGAUUCAGCUGAUUAAUAUGAAAUUAAUUACUAGGUUUUGCCGAAAAAUUUUCUCUGAUUUGUAGAUACAUGUGACUAAUGAUCAGAAAUCAAAUGUAGAUUUUCAUGUAUAUGAAAAAAAAUAUAGAUGAUUAGAAGCCAUGAGAAGCUUAUAUAUGUAUUGCCACCACAGUUACAACCUAUCAGCGAUGUUUAUCUACAAUUCUGAGUAUGAAGUUGUAACCACAAUUUCAAUUUAAAACAAUUUUGAGUAUGAAAUUGUAACCAUGAUUAUGAUUUAA